AGAAGACCUAUAUAUCAACUUCUUUGAAGAGAAAAGCGGAAAGAAACCCUUUUUCUCUCUAGCCUCUAGCUAAUAGCAAAACCCUUGAAUCCUUGAUAGAUCUUCUCUUAUUUCAUACUACGUAUGAACUUAUGAAGAGAAAUUAUUCUUACUAAUCAGUUCAAGGCUAGGAAAAGUCAAAAGGUCAAACGUGGUGUUCGAUCUAUAAGGGAGGGAAGGUGGAUAAGAGGCAUGGAAAGCGACCACUUCCGGUGGAAGCGCCGCCGCAGGAGAAAAGCGGCGAGUUCCAAUCUUACCCCGCCGCCACCGGUAGCUCUUCCAUGUUCUCCGGCUACGCCAGGACAACUGCCGCUGCUAUACCAUCGCCUACUCCGGCUGCCGCCACCACUCAAGCGCAGGUACGAGGAAAUGCGAGACCACAUUAUAGAGGGGUAAGGCAGAGGCCAUGGGGAAAAUGGGCAGCUGAAAUAAGGGACCCUAAGAAGGCAGCGCGUGUUUGGCUCGGAACAUUUGACACGGCUGAGGACGCCGCACUAGCAUACGACCAAGCCGCUCUCAAAUUCAAAGGCACCAAGGCUAAGCUCAACUUCCCCCAAAGGGUUCAAGGCAAGUCCAAAGUAUGCUUCAUCGGCCCUGGCAGCGGAGGCGGAGGAGCUUCCUCCGCCUCUACUCCUCAAAUCCCUAGCGGCAACCAACAGUUGCGGAUGACGAUGUCAUCACAGCAGCAGGAUGCCGCUUACCCUUAUCUCCAACAAUACGCUCAGCUUCUUUCAAGCUCCGAUGCGGAAUUCCCUUACUUGACUUCGGCUCUCUACAAUCAAGCUACCUUAAUGCAGCCAUCAGGACUCUCUCCUCCUCCAACUGCGGCAGAGCCGCCUCAUGCGCCGCCGCAGCGACAAAUGCAAGAUCAAUAUUACUCACAAUAUUUUGCCCAGUUCGAGAGCAUUCAGGACUCUGAGUAUCAAAGUUAUGGUGGCAUGGGUUUUAACUAUGCAAACAACCCAAAUGAGAAUAUAGACUAAAGUUGAAAACGAG